CUACCGCCCGCCCCUAGCCGAGAGGAGGAGGUGGAGGAGGAGGCGGCUCAGGGAGAACGAGCAGCGAGCUGGAGCGGGGAGCGUGAGUGAAGGAGCCCAGCCGCUUGCCUGCCCGCCGCCGCCUCCCCUUCCACCAUGUCGGCGCCGGCGGCCAAAGUCAGUAAAAAGGAGCUCAACUCCAACCACGACGGGGCCGACGAGACCUCAGAAAAAGAACAGCAAGAAGCAAUUGAACAUAUUGAUGAAGUACAAAAUGAAAUAGACAGACUUAAUGAACAAGCCAGUGAGGAGAUUUUGAAAGUAGAACAGAAAUAUAACAAACUCCGCCAACCAUUUUUUCAGAAGAGGUCAGAAUUGAUCGCCAAAAUCCCAAAUUUUUGGGUAACAACAUUUGUCAACCAUCCACAAGUGUCUGCACUGCUUGGGGAGGAGGAUGAGGAGGCGCUGCAUUAUUUGACAAGAGUCGAAGUGACAGAGUUUGAAGAUAUUAAAUCAGGUUACAGAAUAGAUUUUUAUUUUGAUGAAAAUCCUUACUUCGAAAAUAAAGUUCUCUCCAAAGAAUUUCAUCUGAAUGAGAGUGGCGAUCCAUCUUCGAAGUCCACUGAAAUCAAAUGGAAAUCUGGAAAGGAUUUGACGAAACGUUCAAGUCAAACGCAGAAUAAAGCCAGCAGGAAGAGGCAGCAUGAGGAACCAGAGAGCUUUUUUACCUGGUUUACUGACCAUUCUGAUGCAGGUGCAGACGAGUUAGGGGAAGUCAUCAAAGAUGAUAUUUGGCCAAAUCCGUUACAGUACUACUUGGUCCCUGAUAUGGAUGACGAAGAAGGGGAAGGAGAAGAAGAUGAUGAUGAUGAUGAAGAGGAAGAAGGGUUGGAAGAUAUUGAUGAAGAAGGGGAUGAGGAUGAAGGUGAAGAAGAUGAAGAUGAUGAUGAGGGGGAGGAAGGAGAGGAAGAUGAAGGAGAAGAUGACUAAUGGAACACUGAUGGAUUCCAACCUUUUUUAAUUUUCUCCAGUCCCUGGGAGCAAGUUGCCGUCUUUUUUUCCCCCCUCCCCCCUCUUGUGCUCAGUCUCCCUGUUUUUGAGGUCUCUUUUCUCUCCUUUACACCAUGGUUCUCACCUGAUUUGGGGGGGUGUACCUUGAGCAGAAUACAGUGGGAAAAGAAUCUCUGCCCCUUUCUGUUCCAAAUUCAUUUUUAUCCCUUCCUAUCUUGAGAAAAACUUUAUGGAAUCAACACCACCGUGCUCUGUGGGAAAAAAGAAAAACCUUCCGCCUCCUUAGCUCUGCUGGACGCUGGAGGGUGCUAGGCCCCUGUGUAGUCGUGCAUAGAAUUCUAGCUUUUUUCCUCCUUUCUCUGUAUAUUGGGCUCAGAGAUUACACUGUGUCUCUAUGUGAAUAUGGACAGUUAGCAUUUACCAACAUGUAUCUGUCUACUUUCUCUUGUUUAAAAAAAGAAAAAAAAACUUUAAAAAAAAGGGGGUUAUAGAAGGUCAGCAAAGGGUGGGUUUGAGAUGUUUGGGUGGGUUAAGUGGGCAUUUUGACAACAUGGCUUCUCCUUUGGCAUGUUUAAUCGUGAUGUUAACAGACAUCCUUGCAAUUGAAGAUGACACUUUUAAAAAAAAUAAAAUUCUCUCCUAAUGAUGACUUGAGCCCUGCCACUCAAUGGGAGAAUCAGCAGAACCUUGUAGGAUCUUAUUCGGAAUUGACAUUUCUCUAUUGUAAUUUUGUUCCUGUUUAUUUUUAAAUUUUCUUUUUGUUUCACUGGAAAAGAAGAUGAUACUCAGUUUUAAACGUUAAAAGUGUACAAGUUGCUUUGUUACAAUAAAACUAAAUGUGUACACAAAGAAUUUGAUGCUUUUCUCUCUCUCAGUACAGAUUUCAAGAUUGACUUGUAUAACGUAUUGUCAAAUUCUGUCAACCUAACCGUAUUUUUUGAUACUGCGUCACAGGCUGACCCCAGGGUGACGUGGACGGAGGGAAGGGACUUGAACCGAUGUAUUCAUGUCUCCGUAGUCGGGAAACAUCAUGAGUACAAUUUGCUAUCCGUUUUUGAAAACCUUCCAAUCAUUUGGGAUACGAGAUUGCUCUCACAACUCAGUUCGGAGUAUGCUGUACACUUCAUUUUGUAUUUCAGAUUGGCAUUUUUUAAAAAGGAUCUGUGCUCACUCGGGUAUAAUAACCGUGCCUGCCACCGCCGUCAGACAGACCUGGUGCUCUAGAGCUGAGUUACUCACGGGGCUACUGCUGGCGUGUCUCGAUUGGGACUCUAAAAUGUGGCCGAGAAGACAGGCGCUCAGUAAGAAGUCCGAGUUGGUGGUUAAACUCAGGGCAGGACUCCUCGGUGUCCGAGUACCAGCUGUUUAGCGUGUCGCGCUCACGCGUGACCCGCCUGUCUCCGCGGGUCCGGGCGAGACGGUGGACUCCGCUGUGUCUCUAAACGCUGUCGUGCACAGACCGACAUCCUGAGAAGCUACCUAAUGCCUACGCUUUUUAAUGCUGUAAAAUAUCAUAGCUAAAAAAUGAAAUGCCACUUAACUUUUUUUCAGAGAUUAAUUAAUGGACAGCCUGGUCAAAUUCAAAGCUUUUUGGUGUAUAAAACUUUAUAAAAUGGAACUAUUCCAUCAAUAGGCAACGUGAAAUGGAAACCUGUCUAGAUGGAUAGUCUGUAACUUCUGCACAGGCCUCUGUUAGUGAACACAUCGCUGUGUACCGGUCAGGAAUCUUGCUCCAAUAAAGGAACAUAAAGAUUUUUUC